AGCCCGGCUUCCGCCCCCCGCUGACGGUCUCCCAGCUAGAAGAGAUGGGGUGGAAGAUGGUGUUUCGGGGAACUUCCGGUAACGGCCAGGACACGCUCAAAGCAUGGACGACUGGUGUCGCCACAUCUGACACCAAGCCGUAUGACAUGAAGCGGUCCUACACCAGCCAUUACCGCGACUCUCUCUUAACAACCCACUGGACUGCACUCGGCGUGAAACUGGUCAAGUUCGCGUUGUACAAGCAGUCAAAAGAAGUAGGAUACAUUGUCUUUAACGGCACUGGUUCCGACCUAACGUCAUGGUUCGACAGAACUCGAGUUGAGGAUUCCAGCUGGUCUGACCUGACAGCGACAAACGCGUACAAUUUCUUCUCGAUUCAAGGGCAUGAUAACGGCCUUCAUCUUGAGCGCACGUUCUUUAUUAACCAACAAUACGGGGGCUGUGACGCCGACAAGGGAAACGUGGUCGUAGUAGAACAUGACGGUGACUGCAACUGGGACCACCAACCCCGCUACCCGCAGUUCCUCUACUCGGACAUGAACAGCGCCGACUUCUGGAACAGGCGUCAGUUCGGGAGGGACGAUUUUCUCGCUAUAUUUAUAUACACUGGAUCACAAUAAAUUGUUUCGGAAUAAAAACUUUC